CCCGACAGUCUGCCCGGAUAACAGACCGGAGCAGCAGCAGCAGCAGCAGAGGAGAGAAACAGAGGAGCCCGAGUGACACUCACAGAUGACAGAGACCGAGGGAGCUGCUCCGGGGACCAAGGGUCAACCCACGGCCUUCCGGUCCCAGAAGGAGAUGUUUGAGAAAAUGGAGGAAUCCUUUAAACUGUGUGCACAUUGUGAGAAGCGGCCAAAUCAACUUUCAAACCCACAGAACCUGAAGCGUUGUGCUAGAUGUCUACAUGUGUACUACUGCUGUAAAGAUUGUCAGAAGGAGGACUGGUCCAAACACAAGAAGCUUUGCCCACAGCUGCGUCUCGCUGCCAUUGACAGAUUUGUGGAGUGGCUCGUGUUCAAAGGAGAGCUUCCAUUCUCCACAGGCCAAUGGUCAAAGCCCCAGUCCGAGGUCAAAGGUUGGGACGACUGGCUCUCGAUGCAGGGGGACCUCACCGCUCGCCUCGACCCCAUUCUAAAUGGAGCGAACAUGACCGAUGUGUGGACCAGUGCUUCCAGGACACGGCCCGAUGCUGAGGACCUCCAGCAGUCGCUGUGGCGGGUUUGCAGCGAGUUCUUCUCCAGGCCGCUGACCAUUGCCUGGGGGAUGAGGCUUUUUGGCCUCAACCCUUCUUCCAAACCCCUCACCAUUCACGUCGUGGGAGCGGGCCACAGUGAGACGCUGGCAGCCAGACCGACGGACUAUGACGAGCUGAACAAUAUGUUCCCGGGGCACCAGGGAAUCGAGAUCGUCAUGGUGGGUGAGGAGGUGGUGGACGGCCCCGUUGUGAGGCCUCCUCUUAGAGCGUUCGGCCCCAAGACGAGGGUCUACCUCAGCGCCUACAAGGGUCUCUACCACCAGUUCUGGGAGGAGCUGGUGGAGAAAGAGGAAGCAGCUAAGCCAGACCUGGUGGUCGGAUUUCAUCCUGGGUUUGAUGCCAGUCAGGGCCUGGACCAGGGUUGGCUUCCAACACUUCUGCUCCUCAGGGAUUAUGAGAUCCCUUCGCUUUUCACUGCUCUCAGUGAGACGGAGAUGACCUACUCCCUGCAGAUCCUGUUGGAGCUGGAGAUGGACAUGAAGGGGAGCGGAGCCAACCCCUUCGCCUCGCUGAAACCAGAAGUGGUGGGCUCCAGUCCCAACAAGCCUCCCGUCUACUGCAACUCCCACUACUUCUGUUUUCAGGGUCUGCUGGAGACUGAGGAGUUCGAGGAACCAGACGAGGCCUGACGGAGCAAAGUGCUGCAGGGCACGUAUAUGAACAUGUUGCCUUUCACAUCUGGAGCUCAUAUUUUUUUUUUUUGGGGACAAUGAAGCAUUGUUUUCAAAUGCCGGUAUUUUUUUAUUAUCUAAUAAUGUUUUUAAAAGCAUGUUUAAAUAUGUAUUAUUGUAAAAAAAAAAAAAAAAAAAAAAAAGGUUGUACAUUUUACCUUUGCUCUGUCAUUUACAUUCACUAUCUCAGUUUCCUGGCAUGCAACUGCCAGAGUGGUAGGAUUUGAAUAUGCUCACUCUGAUGCUCAGACUAUUGUUUUGUUAGCAGAGAUGCGAUAAAAACUUUGUAGAAAUAGCUAAAUGAAUGCCGAUAUAUCUGCAGUAAAGGUAUCUAAAUAUUAA